AUGGACGAUGGAGCUUCGCCGGCAGCGCAGCAGCAGCCGCAGCAGCAGCAGACCGAUGAAGCAACAACGCUCAUCUCGCUUGCUCAAAAUUACUUACAUUCAUCACAAACUAACGGUACCGAAUCAGCAAACAUUCGAUUUCGUCCACCGUUCCUGCAAACUCCGAAGCACGACGCACGUGGCGAUGCAGUUGCACUAAUUGUAGAACAUCUCAUUCAGAGACAGUUCCCGCAGUGGGCUGCUUAUGUAGUGGCAUAUUCGCUGGUUGAUCUGUAUGCAAGUGAGCUGCAAACAGCAGAUGUCCCAUUUGAUGAGAAUGAUUACGAUGCUAUCGAUGCUACAGUCUGGUGCCCUAAAGUUAUCGUCCGCCUGCAGAGCUAUCUCACAAAACUGGCGGCCAGUUCUAUCCCCUUACCAGAGUACCAACCAGAUCCGGAUCAGCUCCUUUACUCAUAUUGUGCGCAAAGGAAUCGACGUGCCAAAAUGGAAGAUCGCUCUGAUCGAAGUCGUAAUCAGGACUCAUUUUUUGCCGUAUUCGAUGGGCAUAAUGGUGUCGAUUGCGCCAAUUAUGCGAGCUCCCAUUUCGCACGAUGUCUGAUCGAUAAUCCCGAAUAUGCUACAGGCAGUAUUGAGGAUGUAAUGAAAAGAGCGUUCAGUACACUUGAUAAAAGACUUACGGUUCGAUGCAAACGUGAGCACAUAAAAAGCGGAACAACGGCUGCAUGUGCAUUUUUGCGUGCUCGUCGUCAUCUUUGUGUUGGCUGGUGCGGCGAUUCAGCUGUGGCUGUUUUGCGGAAAGAUGCGGUGCGAACAUUAUCGUCAGCCCAUUCACCGAUGGUUGAGGUAAGGUCUCCUCACUGUUUCGUUUCUCAGCAGCUCAAAUUUAUAAAAAUUCUGACAAAGUGA